AUGUAUCAACCGGCGAUCUCGUGUUCCUGUGGAGCUGCCUCUGUUUUUGCAAAAGAAAAUGAGGAAGAGAAGAUCCAUCAGUUUGUUAUGGGUCUAGACGAUGCUCGAUUUGGCAGUCUCUGCACAGGUUUGAUUGCUGCAGAUCCUUUGCCAAGUCUUGGUGAAGCUUACUCCAAGGUGGUGCGUGAAGAACAGAGGCUGGCGUCAGCUCGUCUUCGCGAGACAAAUCAAGAGGUUGUGGGUUUCGCUACUCGGCGUGAUGAAUCACCGGUGUCUGCUCGGCGAGACCAGAGUCAAAGCGUUGACUCACAUUCUGAAGUACCAGCCUCAAUCAUACGUGACAAGAAUACUCUGUGUGGUCAUUGUGGUCGCUCUGGUCACGAGAAGAAGGAUUGCUGGCAACUUGUUGGGUUUCCGGAGUGGUGGAAUGAGCGUAAUGCUGGUUCUGGUCGUGGUGGUCGUGGCAGAGGGGGACGAGGAGCUGGAGUAAACAACUUUGGGCGUGGUCGUGGUCAAGCUAAUGCAGCUCCCGCUACAAGCUCGAAUGCAUCUUCGUUUCCCGAGUUUACUCCAGACCAAUGGAAAGCUCUCUCCAAGCUGAUACAAGAGAAAACGGCUGAAUCAGAUUCUGACAAAUUGUCUGGUAAGAAAGGAUAUGGUGAUAUGAUUCUUGAUAAAGAUGCUUCACACCACAUGACAGGGAAUCUCUCACUUUUGCAUAAUCUUGAGGCGAUUGUUCCUUGCUCUAUCGGUUUUGCGGAUGGUGGGAAAACAGUGUCAGUUCGAAAAGAAGUUUUGACUCUGUCUUCCACCCUCACUUUACCUAAUGACCGUUUUUCGAGGACUCUGAUUGGAGCCGGUGAGGAACGUGAUGGGGUUUACUACUUCAAGGAUGUCAUGGCGGCUAGGAUUCAUCGAGCUGUAGCUGAUUCAGAUUUAGCUUUGUGGCACCAGCGGCUAGGACAUCCGUCUUUUUCAGUGCUUUCUUCUUUACCAUUGUUUUCUGGUGUUUCGAAAUCUGUUUGCUCGGGUCAGUGUGACGUGUGUUUCCGAGCUAAGCAGACUAGAGAGGGCAAUUUGCCGAUCAAAUUUUGGGGUGAAGUCGUGCUCACUGCUGCUUAUCUUAUAAACCGCACGCCUUCUGUUGUUCACCUUGGUCGGUCUCCGUACGAGAUGCUACAUGGACAGAAGCCAUCUUAUGAUCAGUUGCGUGGUUGGAAAGUAUUCGACCUUGAGCGUGAAGAGUAUAUCGUGUCUAGAGAUGUUGUCUUUAAUGAAGAAGUUUUUCCUUACUCUGUAGCUAGUCCUUCUCUGCCACAGUUCUCACCUUCUGUGUGUCUUGAUGAGGAUUGGCUCGUUGCUCCUACACCUACUGUUGUAAGGGGGAGUCAAUUGCUUGUGACAGUAACACCACAAGAACCUGAGACAGUUAUCUCACAAGAACCUGUGACAGAAAAUCCACAAGAACCUCUCACAGCUGAUACACAAGAACCUGUCUCAAUAUCUGUCACAGAGAUAGAGCAAGAAGUUCGUGGUGAUCAAGUUAUCUCGCCUUCAGCCGAGCCUGUCCCUCUCCUUGGUCGCGGUCUGCGGCAACGUUCUGAGUCUGUCAAGCUCCGUGACUAUGUCACAUAUAAUGUCGUCUGUAAUCAAGACCCCCAUCACGCUCCUCCCGAUCCCACAUCUCAGUCCUCAUCGGUCCAAGGUACAUCUCUUUAUCCGCUGUCCCAUUAUAUUUCGGAUGAUUCUUUUUCCCCAGGACAGCGUGCGUUCUUUGCUGCCAUCACUGCAAGAGAUGAACCAAAACACUUCAAAGAUGCUGUUCGAAUAAAAGUAUGGAACAAUGCUAUGAGGACUGAGGUGGAUGCACUUGAACAAAAGCGCACUUGGGAUAUUUGUGAUUUGCCUCCGGGAAAAGAAGCUCUUGGAUGUCUUUGGGUCUAUAAGACAAAGUACAACUCUGAUGGUACAAUUGAGCGGUAUAAAGCUCGCCUUGUGGUUCAGGGUAAUCAUCAGGUCGAGGGUGAAGAUUUCGAUGAGACGUUUGCUCAUGUUGUCAAGAUGAACACCGUACGUUCUGUUCUUCGUCUUGUUGCUGCUAAAAACUGGGAAGUGUAUCAGAUGGAUGUCAAUAACGCUUUCCUACAUGGUGAUCUUGAGGAAGAAGUUUACAUGAAACUUCCUCCAGGUUUUCGGCACUCACAUCCCGGCAAAGUUUGUCGGCUUCGUAAGUCUCUUUAUGGGCUCAAACAAGCUCCGCGAUGCUGGUUCAAGAAACUUUCUGAUGCGUUACUUCGGUUUGGUUUCGAACAGUCCUAUGAUAAUUAUUCUCUGUUCUCAUAUUCUCGUAAGAAUAUCGAGCUUCGAGUUCUUGUGUACGUGGAUGAUCUCAUUAUUGUGGAUUUGGGAAAGUUAAAGUAUUUUUUGGGUAUUGAGAUUAGUCGAGGACCCGAUGGAAUCUUCCUUUCUCAACGCAAGUACGCGUUGGAUAUCAUUGCUGAAACUGGGAACCUGGGUUGUAGACCUGCUUUAACACCACUUGAGCAAACUCAUCAGUUAGCUUCGGUUGAGAGUCCCCUGUUUGGAGAUCCUACGAAAUAUCGGAGACUCAUGGGACGUCUUAUUUACUUACUUAACACAAGGCCUGAGUUGUGUUAUUCUGUGCAUUUACUGUCUCAGUUCAUGAAGGAACCGAAGGUGGCUCACUGGGAGGCGGCUCUUCGUGUGGUUCGUUUCUUAAAAGGUUCCCCUGGUCAAGGGAUUUUUUUGUCAUCGGAUCCUGAUCUUACGCUCACUGUUUACUGCGCUGCUGACUACAACUCUUGUCCGUUGACGCGUAAGUCACUUAGUGCUUUUGUGGUUCUUCUUGGUGGCUCUCCGGUGGCUUGGAAAACCAAGAAGCAGGGCACGGUGUCACAUUCUUCCGCUGAAGCAGAGUACCGCGCAAUGGCUUUCACUCUCCGUGAAAUCAAAUGGUUUAUGCGUGUUCUUGCUGGCCUUGGUAUAGACCAGUCUGCGCCAACUCGAUUGUUUUGUGACAAUAAGGCUGCCAUUUAUAUAGCCUCCAAUCCAGUUUUCCACGAGAGAACGAAGCACAUCGAGUCCGAUUGCCACGCGGUACGAAAUGCAGUUCAAGAUGGGAUCAUUGUCACUGAUCACGUCCGCACAGCGGAGCAGCUGGCGGAUAUUCUUACAAAGGCGUUGGGUCGUGCCCCAUUUCAAUAUCUGCUGUCCAAGUUGGGCUUGAAUACGGUGAGGAGAUUCAUAUUCUACAGAGAUGCUGAGCAGAGAGCUGAGGAGGCUAUGUCAAUGCGGUCAGAGGUGCAAAAGGAGAUGGAAAAGGAAAGAGAGAAAAGACUCCGUAUGACACGACGACUGGUGCUGGAAGAUGGGAUUAUAUAUGAUGUGUGUGUCGACGGUGAUGCGGAUACGGAACCGAUCGGUCAAACCGAGACGUGA